UGGGGCAUAUACUGUGGUGUGGUAUUUUUUCCCCUCCUUAUUUAUCUUUAUCUUUUUUUUCUUUUUUUUUUUGGUCGGAUUCUGGUUAAAUAUCUAUCGAGAACUCUUAGUUACCAUAAAAUCAACCUGCCGGUCGCUUCUACGGUCAACUGGUGUAGAUCAUUCUUCCCCCCACCACCAUAAAUCCCCCACCAGCCAUUCCGUCCACUCCGGGCAACUACCUUUUAAUAUUUAAGACAACGAGGAGGAGGAGGAAGAACAGACGUCAAAAACAAUUUUUUAGGGCAGAAUCAAUCAUGACAGCAAAAGCACUUACACUUUUGUCGGACCUGACCCCUCCGUCCCUUGAACGCACGUGGUUGACCGCACCCCAUCCCUCACUCCCCAUCGUUGCGACCUGCAGCUCAGAUAAGACAGUCCGGGUAUACUCGCUAACAAAUUUUCGGCUUCUUUCCACCAUCUCGGGUGGCCACAAACGCAGCGUGCGCACAUGUGCCUGGAAACCCCAUGUACAGGGCGAGAGCGUUCUGGCGACAGGCAGUUUCGACGCAACCGUGGGGAUAUGGCGACGAUGGGAUAGUUAUGGUCAGGCAGAGGGUGGCACGGACGUCUGGAGACUGGGUACGGAAGCGCUCAAUGGCAAUGGGCAGAAUACCCGGGAGGAUGAAGAGGAUGAAGAAUGGCGGUUCGCGGUCCUCCUAGAUGGACAUGAUAGUGAGGUCAAGUCAGUGUCAUGGUCGCCGUCCGGGAUGCUACUGGCCACAUGCUCCCGGGAUAAGUCGAUCUGGAUCUGGGAGGACCUUGAUGACGGCGACAACAACUUCGAGACCGUGGCUGUCAUGCAGGAGCACCAAGGCGACGUGAAAUACGUCGCCUGGCAUCCCGUAGAGGAGUAUCUGGCCAGCGCCAGCUACGAUGAUACUAUCCGGCUGUGGCGGGAGGACAUCGAUGAUUGGGGCCAGGUGGCCUGUAUCAAGGGUCACACGGGAACCGUCUGGUAUUUGGACUGGGAGGGCGUUGACAACGUGCCAUCUACUCCUGCGAUGUGCGAACAAGGUGCGUUCCUAGCCACUGAAUGGAAAGACCAGCGUGCGAUGUGUGGACCCCGUCUUGUCUCAUGCUCCGAUGACCGAACGGUCCGCAUCUGGAGAAGACAGCCUAGAGAACAACAGACACAGCCACGUUGUGGUGGUACAGGGGUACCCAGUAUUAUCCGGCCAGCAGGUACCGAGGAAGUGUGGGAGGAGGAGAUGGUUCUCCCACAAAUGCAUGAGUUGUCCAUUUAUGCGGUCGCAUGGAGCAAGCGCACUGGGCUAUUAGCCUCCGUGGGCGCGGAUGGCCGCAUUGUGGUGUAUGAGGAGCUGUUUUUGACAGCGCCAGUACAAACGAUGGACACCGAUCCACCUGCUGAUACAUCCGCUACGCCCCCACCUCGCACGGAGUGGGUGGCUAUCUCGUUGGUGGAGGGUGCACAUGGCAUCUACGAAGUCAACCAUGUUGCGUGGGCGAAGCGCGCGGACCGAGGUCGAGAGGAGAGCAACGAGGAAGUCCUUGUCACGACCGCUGACGAUGGAAGCGUCAAGGUCUGGACGCUUGGAUAGCAAUUCUUCGAGUUAUAGAAGUAAUCUAGCAUGAUUUCUUUGUAGCCCAAGAUUAUCUCUUAUGAGUUAUAUACCCCGAACAUCUGUCGGCAAGUAGAAAGGAAGUGUUACAAAAUCCGCCUUACAUAAAUACAACCGUGCUACAUGUGAGCUGAA